AUAAAUUCAACCGCGGUUACGAUACUUUACCAUAGACAUAGGGCAAAAACAACUGAGAUCAUAAAAUCGUCUGUUACUCAUACAAGAUCCAUUAACUCAAAUGUUCUCAGUGAGUUUUCAGAACCAUCAUACGGCAAAAACGUAACUAACCAUAGUACGUAUAAAAGUGUAGAGAUUGCGACCGCUAUAUCCAUUCUACGACGGAGUCGCUAUUUCCAUUCAGUCAUCAGUAGUGCAUGUUGAAUCAAGCAUUUUCAAGUUUAAAAAUUCUAAGAUAUGGAAACGAUCAAUUAUAUAUCUGUAGAUCGGUUGUAUCAACAGUUUCCUGAGUUGCGAAAACAGGAUGUCGAAGAAUUGAAUCUAUGGGUUCGAGAACAACCGCACUUACCUCCGGUCUCAGAGCUGCAACUUAUUCAGUUUCUGUUCUCAAAUUAUUACGAUAUGGCUGCGGCUAAACGAACGACAGAAGCGUACUUCACAUUUCGAACAAACUGCAAAGAUUUUUUCUACAACAGGGAUUUAACGCUUGAACCGCUGCACCGAGCAAUGGAUAUUUUGGCAUUAUGUGUUAUUCCGAAAUGUACUUCGGAUGGGUAUCAAGUUCUCUUUGCGAAAAUUAUCGACCCAGAUGUCAGUAAAUUUUCCUUAGCUGCGGUUUUGAAAUUGGCAUUCAUUUGUGCCGAUAUAAUUUUGUGGGAAGAAGGAUGUACUGAAGGGCAUGUACUUAUCAUCGACAUGCAUGGCCUACACUUAGGGCACCUGCCGAAAUUAGGAAUCUUCACUUUGAAAAAUUUUCUAUACUACAUACAAGAAGCUCUUCCGAUUCGUCUUAAAGGAGUUCAUCUAAUCAAUGUCGUCCCAUUCAUUGAUACUAUUAUGAUGAUGAUUAAACCGUUCCUCAAAAAAGAGCUGCUCGAUAUUUUUCAUAUUCAUCAAAAAGAGGAAACCCUAUAUCCGUUCGUAGCAAAACAGCUUUUACCAAAGGAUUAUGGCGGGCAGGCAUCAUCGAGAACAGAUUUGAAAACACAACUCUACGACAAAAUAUUAGGAUGCCGAGAACACCUGUUACAGAUAGAUCUUUCGCUUAUGGUGGAUGAAACCAAACGACUUAAAACUCGCUCUUUUACAAAUAUGUUUGGAUUAUUCUAAAUGAAUGUAACCUCCUCCACAUUAAUAAACAAGUUGCAAUUGUUCACGCAGAUAUAUUGUAUUAGCUUGAAUAUAAUUUAAUAUUUAAUAUUGAUGACGUCGGUUCUAGUAGCAAAUACGUUAUUUUUUAUAUGGGCAUGCAGCCGAGUUUAUAAUAAGUGUCAAUGUUUUUGACGCAGGAUUACGUAUUUGUUUUCUAAACAUUCUGUAACGGUAAAACUAGAGCCGGCCAUUUAUUAGGUUAGAUUUCAAACGACAAUAACUGUAUAAGUACAUGAUGGAUUACAAUAAUCAUUAUGUCGUAGAUAGAUAAAGUGUUGGACAUUUUGUUAUAUGCUAGUUAUCAUCAUUGUUUCAUUGCUUAUCACUUACAACUGAUAGAAAGUUUUAAGGUCAAAUUUUCGCGGAGAACCAAUCACGUGCGAGUAGGUACGCCUAGCUACGUUCUUGUG